AAACUGGACUGAAAUAAUUAUGCAGAAGAUGCUCUUAUUCUGAAGGGUCAGGCCGGAAACAGUAUUUUCCCCGUUACUUUAGAGUCCCAGAGGCUCCAAGGAGAGAAAGACCCGCUGCUGACGGAGAGGAAGGACUUCAGCCCAACAGGACCGGAAUCAGCCCCAAAACCCUCCGAGAACUGGACCGAACGGAACCCGAACAGAACCGAGAGCCGGUUCUGUUCGGAGCUUUGGGCCGGAGCUGCUGUUAUCUUCAGCGGGAACGCAGAGGAAUGGGUCGGCCGAGGAAGAAACCCUCCUGUGGGUGUUCGGAGUGAAACCGACCCGAGGGAGGAAGAGGAGCAGUGAGGAGGAAGAAUAGGUUCCGAACAGGAGGACAAGAUGAAGAUGGGAGGAAGAGGAGGAGCGGCGCUGCUGGAGCUCUGCGGGAUUCUGCUGCUGCUGACCGGAAGCUGUCACUGCCGAGACUCUCAGCAGACCGAACAUCUGGCCUCGUACCAGCUGACUGCUCCUAGGCCAAUAGGAGGCCGGCUGAGGCGGGACGCUGAGGGCAGGCCGCCCAAUCAGGUUUCCUUCAUCAUCCCAGUGGAUGGAAACGAUCUCCUCGUCCAUCUGCAGAGAAACGAGGUCCUGCUGCCUCCAGAUUUCACCGUCUUCACCUACGGCCCAAACGGAUCCCUGAUCACAUCCAGACCACCUGUCCAGAACCACUGCCAGUACCAGGGCUUCGUUCAGGACAUGGAGGGCUCUGCUGUGGCCAUGAGCGUCUGCAGCGGCCUCAGAGGAGUGAUGCAUCUGACCAACGACAGCUACGGCAUCGAGCCGCUAGGCUCCGCCCCCGAGCAGCACCUGCUCUACCGCCUGCAGGAUGUGACAUCACAGCCCCGAGGAUGUGGAACGCCUCACUACGGGCACGGCGACGCUGCGGAGCAUGCUCAGUACGACCCGGAGGAGAUCCAGCACCGCCGGCGCAGCAGGGUAAAGAGAGCUGUUCUCCACAAGACUCACUAUGUGGAGCUGCUGCUGGUGGUCGACAACGACAGGUUUAAACACAUGAAUGGAAACGAGACGGCGGUCAGAGAGCAGAUGAUUCACCUGGCGAACCUCAUAGACGGCAUCUACAUGCAGCUGAACGUCCGGGUGGUUCUGGUCGGUCUGGACAUCUGGACCAAGCAGAACCUGAUCAACACGGAGGGCGGAGCCGGCGAGGUGCUGAGCCGCUUCACCCAGUGGAGGGAGAAGGAGCUGGUUCCCCGGCGGCGCCACGACUCGGCCCAGCUCAUCCUGAUGAAGAGCUUUGGCGUAACAGCAGGAAUGGCGUUCGUCUCCACCGUCUGCUCCAGAAGCCAUGGAGGAGGAAUCAACGCGUUCCUGAACAACAACGUCGCGGCCUUCGCCUCCAUCGUGGCUCAUGAACUCGGACACAACCUGGGGAUGAACCACGACGACGGGCGGACCUGCAGCUGCCCCACCGCCGCCUGCAUCAUGCACUCCGGAGCCACAGGAUCCAAAAACUUCAGCAGCUGCAGCGCCGACGACUUUGAGAAGAUGAUCCUAUCGACGGGAGGAACGUGUCUCCUGAACGUCCCCCGGCCCGACGAGGCCUACAGCGCCCCCUACUGUGGAAACAGGCUGGUGGACGUCGGGGAGGAGUGCGACUGUGGAUCAGAGAAGGAGUGUGAGGAGGACCCCUGCUGUGAGUAUCGGACCUGUAAGCUGAAGCCUGGGGCUCAGUGUGCGUCUGGAGAGUGCUGCUCCGGCUGUCAGUUCCUCCCUGGAGGAACGGUGUGCCGCUCCAAGAAGGACCAGGAGUGUGAUCUGCCAGAAUACUGCAACGGCUCCACCUCCUUCUGUCAGAGCGACGUCUUUGUCCAGAACGGACAUCCCUGCCGGAACCAGCAGGCUUACUGCUACAACGGGAGGUGCCAGCACCUGGACGGACAGUGCCAGGCCCUGUUCGGACCCAAGGCAACGGCCGCUCCGGACAUCUGCUUCAAAGACGUCAACAGCAAAGGAGAUCGCUUCGGCAACUGUGGCUACCAGCACUUAGGCUACAAGAAGUGUGAGAGCAGAAACGCUCAGUGCGGGAAGCUGCAGUGUCUGAACGUGAAGGGGGGGACGGUGUUCGGCAUCCUGCCGUCCAUCAUCACCACUCCGAUACACGGAGCCACCUGCUUCGGGGUCGACUUCAUGCUGGGAUCCGACGUUCCCGACCCGGGAAUGGUGAACGAAGGGACCAAGUGUGGAGACAACAAGGUGUGUAUGAACUUUGAGUGUCGCAGUGCAGACGUCCUGAGCUACGACUGUGAUGUGGAGACAAAGUGCCAUGGACACGGGGUGUGUAACAGCAACAGGAACUGCCACUGCGACUACGGCUGGUCGCCGCCGUCCUGCAAGCUGUCGGGCUACGGCGGCAGCGUGGACAGCGGACCCACGUGGAACGAUAAGGACACGUCUCUCAGGGACGGCCUCCUCAUCUUCUUCUUCCUCGUCCUUCCUCUGCUGGCUCUGGCAGCGUUUGUCUUCCUGCGCCGCAACGAGCUGCUGCGGCGCCUCGGACUGAGCCGCAGGAAGAGGUCGCAGGGAUACCAGGCCGACGGAGCGACUUCGACCAAACCGACCAAUCCCGGCAGAGCCCCGCCUCCCAGAGCACAGCCGCCCCCUGCUGGCCGCGGCACUGCGAACUUCAUCGUCAGGGACGGGCAUCACGCUCAGCUGCUGCCGCCGCUGCAGGUGGUGGAGACCAGUGAGACCAGUGAGAGAGCUCCGCCCUUCGCUGCAAGGCCGCCGCCGCCUCCUCUAAAACCGAAACCUUCUGCUGCAUCUCAGCCUCUGGUGCCUCAAAGACCCGCCCCCGCUCCGCCUGUUUAGCCAAUCAGGAGCUUCCUCUCGACUCCGCCCUCCUCCUCUUCCUCCUGACCUUCAGUCUCCUUUCUCUGGUUCCUUAGCAACACCCAGGGAGGAAUCAAUGAGGCGGAUCAGCCGACCUGGAGGUGCAGCCGGACUUGGACUGGGCCGACAGGUCGGACUUGGACUGGGCCGACAGGUCGGACUUGGACUGGGCCGACAGGUCGGACGGGUCGCAGCAGGACUGAACCGAAGCGGCUCUUGCAUUUGUUCACCUUAACUUGGUCAGGUGACCUCUGCUGUAGCCAAACCAGCCAAUCAGAUAAAUCAAAUAGCAGCUAAACAAACACAGUUCAUGUUCAUAAAGCGGUUACUGGAGCAGAAAUAACUCUGAGUUCACUCACUGCCACACGGAGCAGUUACAUUCAGAUUCUACUGGGGCUGAAUGUAACUGGGAACACUGGGCUCCCAGUGUUCCCAGUUGCAUGAUGAAAAACCUUAGCAGAAGCACUGGCCCAGCUCUAGUGCAAUUUUAUGAUGCAAUAAAAUUAUCAUAUUCCUUCAUAAGUUUUACAUAGCAAAUCAACAAUACCCAUAAAAUGCUAAUAUGUCAUUCCCAUCAGCUGCUGAGCUGUUAGCCUGUAAGCUAACAAUUCAUAAACUGACUGCUAAUAUAGCAACUUAUAGCCUUGAUAUUUAUGCAGUUAAAUAUGGACAGAAAAUACUUUUUUAACUUUCCAAUCAUUCUCUAAAAUUAUUAAAAUAUCCAAUUUGGGUGUUAGCAGGUGAUGCUAACUACAUUAGCAUGCUACAUUAGCAUUUUCCAGACUGAGCAGCAGCAGUGUUUUUAAUCAAACCGUUUAAAACGUUUUAUAUAAUGUUUGAGUUAUUACUAAUAAAUAUUAUUAAAAACAUACUAAAUCAGUAAUAUUUACAAUCCUGUCAGAAAACCACCGUAUCUGUCUAGUUAGUGUUAGCAUGCUAACAUUAGCAUCUUCUGUUACAGCAGCGGUGAAUUAGACUUGAUGACAAAAGUUUCAAACGCUGUUUCAGUGCUUCAUUGAUAUUUAUUAGCGACAAUUCUGUAUUACCUAUUAAUUCAAUAAAUAAUCCUUAAAAUAUCAGAAAACCACAGUUAUGUUAGCAUAACAUUAGCAUCUUCUGUUCUGGUGGCAGUGAAUUAGACUUGAUGAAAAAGUUUCAGUGCUUCCAAAGCGUAUGUUUUUAACGAUAAUAAAUAAUCUAUUAAUCCAACCAAUAAUCUUUAAUUAUUAUGGAUUUCUUUAUCUGAAAACCACAAUUAUCUGAGGACUUAUUGUUAGCAUGCUAACAUUAGCGCUUCAGUGCAUCAAGACUUAAUGGCAUGUGCGAUUUUUGUAAAUUUUUGCAAUGUUUUGAAUUUGUCAGAAAACACCAGAAAAAUGUGGUUGAGGGUGUGAAUUUUAAGUGUUAGCAUGCUAACAUUAGCAUUACUGCAGCUGCAUUACUGGACACUACUGGAGUAAUUGUCUACAUCACACAGUAAAAGAGAUGUUUAAUAAAAAGGAGCAUGACAUCUUACCAGUAAAAUGAAGCUAGCCUCGCUCUGAUUGGCUGGUCUGUGUUGCAGGGGGCGGAGCCUUCACCUGGUUUCUGUAAUCUUUUCUAGUUAAAGAGUCGGUGUUGUGUUGAACUGCAGCUCCGCUCAGCACUGUCAUAGGAAUGUAACGCACCCUACAGGCGCCGUGUGGAGGUGCGUUUAGUUUCAGCACCCCGCCCCGCCCGGCUCACUCAGUAUUCUCCCAGUAUGCAACGCGAGGAGCUCAGGGCGGCUCAGACUUUUGGUUUUCGAUGUGUGGUACGCAGCGUCUGCACGAUUUAUGCAGCAGCGAAGAAAACGUGUCUGCAGCGCUGCACUGACUGGACCUGGAUCUGGAUCUGGGUCUGGAUCUUUAUCUUGAUCUGGAUCUGGUCCUGGACCCGGGUCUGGACCUGGGUCUGGACCCGGGUCUGGACCUGGGUCUGGACCCGGGUCUGGACCUGGCGGACUCUCCCUGCUCUUCUUUGCACAGAACCCUGAGGACUCUGCGUUAGGGCUAGCUAACUUUGUGCCAACUGACUCUUGGAUGCCAAACCGAGACGUGAGGCGGGCAGAAGCGUCCGGUCGGCGCCGGCCGGCCGGACGGUGAGGAGGAAACGACUCGGAUCUCAUGCUGAGGCUCAAACCAGCUGAACGCUCAGACAUCAUGGCCGCCUCCAGUUCAAACACGGCGACUCCUCCUGACUCCUCCACCACCAGGACAAGAUUUCCUCUUUAAAAGCUGGAAACUGAUUGGGUUUUUAAAAUCAUUAUUUCUCCCCUGUCAUUUCAGUACGGCAGUCAAAAAGGGACAAAUCUACCUUGGGCUCUUAAUCAGAUUUUUUACGGAUAAUUUUGUCCUCUAGUUUAUUUUUUACCUCUGGUUUGAUGCUGAUUCUACGAUUCGGUGCUUUACACGGCGUUACUGUACAUUUUACUAGAUGUCUCUGCGUUUCACAGAAUGCUGCGUAGCUUCUGCUUAGCUCUGGCUCAGAUAUCUAAUGUAUGGUCCAGGUAGGAUCCAUGUCAAGAAUUAAAUAUGAAAAAUAUAAAAUAUUACUCAGAGAUCAGAGAUAUUAUCAAAACAUCAGCUGCUAAUACACAUUUCUUUUUUUGGUAAUUUCCAGUGGUGGACACGUCUCUGCUUGAGCUAAUAUUUCAUCCUUUUUAGCUUUUUCUAGCUCUGAAAACAUUUAGCAUACUUAGCUUCCCCUAAAUUAAUGUGUCCAUAUAAAUUCUAAAGCACUGAUUUACUUGGCUGUUUUGUAAAGUUUCAAGUGAAUAACAUUUGACGCCUGUGAUUUGGACGUUUAUAGUCAUACUCUUAUUUUGAAAGUGGUGAAGAUGCAGCAAUUCUGCUUCCUCACAUUUAAUUUUUUUAAUCAAGAAACUUUGAGCAACUGGCAAAAUGCAACAAACAAGCAAACAGCGUUGGUGUAGCGCUUUAGCAUUAGCUUAUGCUAAAUACCAUGUUGGUGUAGCUGUUUAGCAUUAGCGCAGCUAGCUUUGUAGAGUUAGCCAUGCCCACCACUGGUAAUUUCUUUUCCCCUGAACCUGUAGGGGGCGCUGGUGCACACAGUUGUCACUGUACAAUACAAUAAAGGAUCAUAAACAUGAAGGUCAAGAAUAUUUCCAUUAAUAAUAAAACUGAGAAAAUAUUAAACCCUUUCAACUGAAAAUUCACGGAAACUGACGAAUUUUCACCAUAAAUUCUGGUUGCAUUUAAACUUUAUACUGUUACAUGUCGAAGUACAUUCAGAAGAGUAGAAACAAUCAUCCUGCAAAUAUAUUCAAAAUAAAUAAUAUAAUAAAUUAAAGAAGUUACUUGUAGGUGAUUUGUUUAGCAGGAGGCCAGAGAUUAAAGCCAUAUCUUUAAAUCUGAUGGUUUGAGUCCAAACGUGAGAUUUGUUUAAAGCGUCUGAUCGGUUUGUUCACCGGGUCUGAUCCCAGUUCGGUCCUUCAGGUUGGGAUCAUGAGCAGAGAGGAGAGGAAAUCCAUUCACUUUCUCGCUUUACAUUUAUAAAUCAAUAAUAUAUAUGGAUAUAAUUCACGAGUGUUGAGGAAUAUAAAGUAGGGCUAAUAGAUGUGAGCUUGUUUCAUUGAUGGUGAACCUGAGUUGGACACAGAAUCUUAUUUUCUGUUACAAAAUGAUUUUAUAGGAUUUUUGUUUGUUUGGUUUGAUUCUGUUUCUGGUCAUCAAAAAUAUUUCAUGUUUUUAUGUCUGUGUUAAAUAAAACUCUUUCCGCCCCGACUGGAGGUCAGAAAUUCAUACGUUCAUUCGUCCUGACAGGAAGUCUGACUGUUUUUAAACGAGGAUGCUCAUGGACCCACUGCGGUUGCUACGGCAACAGUGAUGUAUUUCAUCUUCAAACGUAAUUUAAUAAACUUGAUUAAAUCUGA